CCACGUGUCUUUCGUCUUGUUAAAUCCUCUCCGAAUUUGCAGCAGCUUCAACAUUUUGUGUCCAAAUUUGAUUCUGAUGAGGAAAUAUAAAUCCAUUUUCAAGGUAAUUUGAUGGACUGAGCAGUGAACAAACUGUAUGAAUUUGAGAAUCGAAGCUUUCUUCUUCCUUCCGAUUCCACAUGGCACUCCCUUCUCCAUCGGAGCGCUUCCAAUGAGCUAAGAUGGUUCAGAAAUCCAUAGACUCCAAAUUCAGUGAAUAUGGACAUGGAAAUUCUGGGAAGGACGUGCCUUCUCAGGAAAAGCAAAUGCAGAUUUCUGCAAAGAAGACAGCAUUAAGGGACUUGCAAAAUGAUAAUAGGGUCACAGCUUCCCAUUGUACUGGAAGCUCUCCUCUUUUGAAGGAAAGAGGUCCGAGUAGUGACUUCAUUAAAGUUUCUGGUAACAACCCAGCAACUCCGUCUCAUCUCCAUUCUUCGACUUCUAAUGCUUCAAAUGGGCAUCUUGUUUACGUCCGUAGAAAGUCCGAGGUAGAUAUUGGGAAGAAUAGUCCUUGUGAUAGUACCAACAUGAAAGGUGAUUAUCCAAAUCUAAGUAAACUCGGUCAACUAGCUGAAACCGCGCAUCUCAAAUCCCAGGUUAAGGAGCUACAGAAUCAUUGCUUUCCAGCAUUUGCUCCUUUUCCAAUGGUGUCUCCCAUGAAUGCAUCUGGAAAACCUUCAGUUCCUCAUCACGUUGGAAAAUAUGGCAUUAAUUUCGCCACAGCAGAAUCGAACUUCCAUCCUGCACCUUCUACUGUCCCUUCAGGAUGGAAAAAUUUGCAGUGGGAAGACAGAUAUCAUCAGUUGCAAUUGUUAUUGCAUAAAUUGGACCAAUCAGAUCAACAAGAUUAUCUUCAGGUGCUUCGAUCGCUUUCAUCGGUUGAACUUAGCAGACAUGCAGUCGAAUUGGAAAGGAGAUCCAUUCAGCUCUCGCUUGAAGAAGCAAAAGAGCUGCAGCGAGUUGGGGUUUUGAAUGUGCUGGAAAAUCCUGUAAAGAGUAUCAAAACGCCGUUGACUCAUCACGACGGUUCAGAGACGUAAGAGUAUGUGCAGCAUACUGUUGUUCUUCACGUCGGUUGGACGAUGAAAACGUGCUGGAUUGCAGUUGAAUCGAGUUUGUUCUGAAUUCACAAUUCUCGGUCGCCAACAACCGGAAGCUUGCUGGUUUCUUGUAAUAUUCUGCCAACUAUUUCAUUAACGAUAUUUCUCAUUUGUUUUGCAAAGGUUGUAACAAAAGAUUGCAACUGCAUGCCUUGACUGACUGUUACCAGGAACAAGAAUGGAAACAAAAUCCCCUACUGGUCACAUCCUCC